GAAUUAUUCUCUCUAAACUCCCUUGUAAAAGCACCCGUGCACUCUCUGUUAUAAUAUAAAUUGGGCUACAGGUGUUCCACCUAAAGUCCUACCGGUCACUCUGCGUGUUUUUACCUUUCUUACUUUACCAAAUCAAGCAAACUAUUCUAGACCCGGUCUAGUAUAGUUUGACCGGUCAAGUAAUUUACACCAUCAUUUUUGGCGCCAUCCAUGGGACCGUUAAGGUUUCUUCUCCUCUAAACACAAACCUACCCACAAAAACACCACUCAAAAUGUCUUCAAGCCAACACAUCAAUGCUACUUCCGCUCAGGUGCAAGCCACCAAUGAAGGUACCAGCCUCCCCAUGGCUGCUACCCUACCGGCCAUUUCUGCUCCAGUUUUGCCGUUGGGUCUAAGUUCGGUCCCAACACCCAGCAUGGUCAGCCCAUUCACGACCCCUGUCCCUUCCGCUGGACCAAGGGUCACAUUCCCACCGAGCAUGACUCAGUUCAUGAACGAUCCGGCCAACCUGCAGGCCAUCCAUGGCUUUGGCCAGGUCAUGGCCAUGUGCCAACAGAAUGGGGGGAUGGCCUUUCUCCAUGGUAUGUUCCCGUUCGCUCUUCCAGGUGCGGGAACCAUGCCCCUACAAGCUCCAAUGGCGGUGUCUCCCUUCCAGACGCCGGUGCCGCAACCAUCACCUUUCCAGCCGCAGCUGGUCAGCACCGUAGCCUCUGUCAACGUGACUGGCGCGCUUAACGCUGCAGGGUCGUCGCGUCCCCCGCAAGGUACGAAUCUGCAAGUCACCCCUGAUGGUCAUUGCGUCUCAGUUGAGAGUGAUGACGGCGAGUGGGACAUUCCAAGGGCCCACAAGAAGAAGAAGGGGAAAGCUGUCCGGCCAGCCACUUCCCGAAACUCCGCCUUCGAAAGGCUACGGACAGGGAAGAGGGCCAGAGGAAAUCAGCCAAGCUGAGGCUGGGGCAAAGUGUUGCCCAUGU